AUGCAGCUUCAAUAUGUCUUAGUCUCCGGUCUCUUGGCCACAAUUGGUACUGGUCACCCGCUCAGUGGGACACCUCAAGUCGUAAAGCGCAGCCUCAGCAGCGCACUCCUUGGAAAGCGAGCCGAAAUUACCGGCGAACAUUGUGGGUCCGAUGCAAACGGUGAUGUCGACUACGACAAGACUUGGGUAAAAAGCGCUUUCGAUGACAUGCAGAGAUAUGUCAACGUGGGUGCAGACCAAAGGCCAUCAGCAGGAACACGGACGUAUCCCUUAAGAAACGAGGCCCGCGACCCGGAAGUGGCCACAGCCCUGGAUACGAUUGAUGGUUGUGAAACCGGCCAGGACGGCAAGACGUACUGGGAGUUCCCGCUCACGAGCGACGGCUGGAAUGGCGGCCCCGAGCGCUCGCAGGGCCCGGACCGUGUUAUUGGCAUUGGCACAUACUCUGGCGGCCAGGGAGGCACCUGGGCCCUCACAUACUGCUUGUCGGUCACUCACCGAGGUCAGGCCAACAAUGAGAAUGUUCCGUGCACCGACAUUGAUUGA